AUGCAGUUCCAGUUCCAGCACAUUUCGGCUGGCGCUCACCGGGCACGACUCGUCGUCGACCUCCUCCUCAUGCAAGGAGGAGGAUCACAAGGCCUGUUCUCGUCGUCCAUCGGCGAACUCAGUCUAUUGGACUUCGUCAAACAGCGCAUGCACGAUCCAGGAGGAAAUUGCGACGGCCGUUCUUUGGAUUGUUGUUUGAGACUCUCGGCGAUGCCCGCUAAAGUUGUCCCGGACGAUUAUCAGUGCGUUUAUGGCACGAUUUGGCCUCCGAAAGUCGAAUGA